AUGGCAGGACAAAGUAAAGAUUCUGGUGUAGGUUCCAACUGGGAGGUAUCUUCUUUUCCGCAUAGUUCAAUUGAUAAAAUUGGAGUGCAGGACAAAAACAUGGAAAGAAAUUUUGUUAAUGCCAACAUGUACCAGCCUCAACCUGAGCAGGAUGAGACUGCUUCAUCUGUUUCUGAGGAUGGCCCUGGUAUUGAGAAUUUUCAAAUUUCUGGUGAUGCUAUUCCGGGAGAAAAGCUUCUUGGAUGUGGAUAUCCAGUUCGUGGAACUUCUCUUUGUAUGUUUCAGUGGGUUCGGCUUCUUGAGGAUGGCACUAGGCACUACAUUGAAGGUAGAUUGGACAAAUCUCUGGGCAUUUUGUUUUUUGAAAUUUUAUGCCUGUUUGCUGGGUGGAGUGGAGCCACAAAUCCUGAGUAUGUAGUUACAGCUGAUGAUGUUGAUAAAUUGAUAGCAGUUGAGUGUAUUCCAAUGGAUGAUAAAGGCCGUCAGGGGGAACUGGUGAAGCUUUUUGCUAAUGAUCAGAACAAAAUAACGUGUGACUCAGAAAUGCAACAUGACAUUGACACAAAUCUUUCUAAAGGAGAAGCAACAUUCAGUGUUUUACUUUUGAUGGAUUCUUCCGAGAAUUGGGAACAAGCGACCCUGUUUUUGAGACGAUCAGGAUAUCAAAUUAGGAUUAACGGUACUGAAGCUACGGUAGUUGCUGAGAAAUUCUCAAAGGACCUAUCGAUUAAGGUUCCAUGUGGUCUCUCCGCGCAAUUUGUGUUAACAUGCUCAGAUGGGUCUUCUCAUCCUCUAAGCACAUAUAGUGUCAGAAUGAGAGACACACUUGUGUUAACUAUGCGAUUCUUCCAGAGUAAGGCAUUGGAUGACAAAAGGAAAGGGAGAGCAUGA